CCUUCGCAUUUCACAAGUUUCACUGUUCUUAUAUGCUUGCAAGCAGAAGUCCCAGCUGGGCAGGUGCGGAUGGAAAGUGAGCUAAGAAAGGGAAGGGAAGGACGUAUUUGAGAGAAGAAAAACUUGACCAAGUGGUGGGCAUAGAGCAAAUAUCCUUGCUUUAAAUUAUCAAGCGUGCAGUACACGCAAGAAGCAACGCUGACAUGGACUACGAGGCAUCAUGAAAGAACAAAAAGUGGAUCAGAUUUUUGGGGCACUGCUCUUCUUGACCCAGCUUCUGUGGAAUGCUGGUACUGUGAUCAGAUGUGGCAAAGAUGACUACGUGAUCAAUGUAAUGCUCAUGAAUGACUCUAUGCUUCCAGUGAGUGCGGGAGAAAUAAAACCAGCUGUGGAACAGGGCAUGGAACUGGUGAAAUAUGACCUGAAAGCAAACAACGUGAAUGUGAAUGUCAGUGCCGCACUUGAUGGCAUCGACACGUCGCUGUACGUCUCCAAUGGCUGCCGCACCAGCACGUGUGAAGGUGUGGAAUUCAUCAAGCAGAUCUAUGCUGGUAAUAAACUUGGGUGUACUAUUCUAGGCCCAACGUGCACCUUUGCCACAUUCCAGAUGGUCUCAUUAGAGACAGAGUCAGUCCCACCUCUGAUCUCUGCAGGGAGUUUUGGGUUGACUUGUGAUUACCAAGAAAAGUUAACAAGGCUGUUGACUCCAGCCAGGAAGCUGAACUACUUCUUGGUUGAUUUCUGGAAGAAUUCCACGUUGCCAUUCAAAAGUGUCACAUGGGAAACUACUUACAUCUAUAAGGAAGACAAUGACACUGAAGAUUGCUUCUGGUAUAUGAAUGCACUGGAAGCUUCAGUUACCUACUUUUCUGCAAACAUGAAAUUCCGGGAGAUCUUCAGGAGCUCAAUAGACCUACAAAGCAUUGUGAAUAAUCCAAAAAGAAAAAGUAAUGUGAUCAUCACAUGUAGGUCUCCAGGUGACCUUAAAAGAGUCCUAGGAAAAGCAGAGGUGGAUGAGGACAUAGUUAUCAUCCUGAUAGAUCUUCACAGCAAUGUGUACUAUGAAAAUGCUCCCUCAUACAGUUACAUGCGGAAUGUCCUUGUCCUGACUCUGGAACCAUCAAACUUCACUGCAGUUUCAAACAGUAGCGGGAUUUCUUGGACUCCAGAUACGAUGCCUUGGGUGAAAAAUGACUUUGCUGUUGCCUACUUGGAUGCUGUCUUGCUCUUUGGACAUGCCUUGAAAAAACUUUCUCUUGCAAGAGAGUUAAUUACUCCGACCAGCUUCAACAGCCAGUUUCGGAAUGUUACUUUUAAAGGUAUUCUUGGUCCUGUAGUGCUGGAUAAAUUUGGGGAUGUUGAUGUCAAUCUCACCCUUAUGUACACGACAAAUACCGGUACUUUAGAAUACAAGGCCCUCCUACGGUUUGACACUCAUCUGAAUGAGACAGUACCAAAGACAGACAAACCAUCAUUCAUCUGGAAACAAAACACCCUCCCUAGUGAUAUUCCUGGCACAGGGCCGCACAUUCUGACAAUAGCUGUUUUCACACUUGCUGCGGUUGUGGUGGUAGUUCUGAUCAUCGCUCUGCUACUACUGAGGAAAUAUAGAAGAGCCAUUGAACUCCAGAAAAAAUGGUCCCACAUCCCACCUGACAAGAUUGUUCCUCUGGAGACUAACGAGACAAGCCAUGUUAGUCUGAAGAUUGAUGACGACACAAGACGUGACACUAGCCAGAGGCUGCGUCAAGGCAAAUAUGACAAGAAGGUGAUAAUCCUGAAGGAUUUAAAGCACAAUGAUGGGAAUUUUACAGAGAAACAGAGAAUAGACCUAAACAAGCUCCUUCAGAUUGACUAUUACAAUCUGACUAAGUUCUAUGGAACUGUCAAGAUGGACAUGAUGAUCUAUGGAGUGAUUGAAUACUGCGAGAGAGGAUCAUUGCGGGAUGUCUUGAAUGAUAAAAUCUCCUACCCAGAUGGCACCUUCAUGGACUGGGAAUUUAAGAUUUCUGUCAUGUAUGAUAUUGCAAAAGGAAUGUCCUACCUGCAUUCCAGCAAAACAGAGCUUCAUGGUCGCCUGAAAUCUACAAACUGUGUUGUGGAUAACCGCAUGGUUGUGAAGAUAACCGAUUUUGGCUGCAAUUCUAUUCUUCCACCAAAAAAAGAUCUCUGGACUGCUCCUGAACACCUCCGCCAUGGUGACAUAUCUCAGAAAGGUGAUGUGUACAGCUUUGGAAUUAUAGCACAAGAGAUCAUACUGCGUAAGGAGACCUUCUAUACUGACAAUUGUCGGGAUCAUAAAGAGAAACUUUGCAGAGUAGAAAGCAAUAAAGGAGCAAGACCUUUCCGGCCGGAUCUUCUAUUGCAUUCAGAGGGAGAGAAAAAGCAAGAGGUAUAUCUCCUCGUGGAAAGCUGCUGGGAGGAAGACCCAGAAAAGAGACCGGAUUUUAAGAAAAUUGAGACUACCUUGGCUAAGAUAUUCAGCAACUACCACAGCCAAACCAAUGAAAGCUACAUGGACACCUUAAUCCGACGCCUGCAGCUGUAUUCACGGAACCUGGAGCACCUGGUAGAAGAGAGAACUGAGCUGUACAAAGCAGAGCGAGACAGAGCUGACAGGCUUAACUUCAUGCUUCUUCCAGGGCCUGUGGUAAAGUCCCUGAAGGAAACCGGGCGGGUAGAGCCAGAACUGUUUAAAGAAGUAACCAUCUACUUCAGUGACAUUGUAGGCUUUACAACCCUUUGUAAAUACAGCACCCCUAUGGAAGUGGUGGACAUGCUCAAUGAAAUCUACAAGAACUUUGAUCAUAUUCUUGACCCUCAUGAUGUCUAUAAGGUAGAGACCAUUGGAGAUGCAUAUAUGGUAGUAAGCGGUUUACCAAAGAGAAAUGGCAACCGUCACGCAGUGGACAUUUCCAUGAUGGCAUUAGAUAUACUCAGCUUCAUGGGCUCCUUUGAACUCGGACAUCUUCCAGGUCUUCCAGUAUGGAUUCGAAUAGGAAUUCACUCUGGUCCAUGUGCAGCUGGUGUGGUUGGGAUUAAGAUGCCUCGUUACUGUUUGUUUGGAGAUACUGUGAACACAGCUUCAAGAAUGGAAUCUACAGGAUUACCUCUACGGAUUCAUGUAAGUGGUUCCACUAUUGCUAUCCUCAAGAGAACAGACUGCCAAUUCCAAUAUGAAGAGCGAGGAGAGACAUAUUUGAAGGGCAAAGGAACUGAGAUCACUUACUGGCUGACAGGAGUGAAAGACCAGAAAUACAAUCUUCCAACACCUCCUUCUGUGGAGAAUCAGCAGCGUUUGCAAGCUGACUUUGCUGAGAUGAUAACCAAUUGUCUUCUGAAAAAGCAAACAGAAGAAUUUCAGGUGCGAGAGAUUACACGUGUGCCUAGUUGUCGCAAAGGCACUCUGGAAUACCUGCAGUUGGCUACAGAAAAAACCAGUACCUACCUGUAAAACUGGAUAAAGAGUACGACUCAAGAAUCCCUGAAAGUUAGAUUUAAAUAAUAUAUAAGACAAAUUUUUACACAACCUACAUAUUUGCAGUAUUGUA